AUGUGCUUUUCGCUUCUCCACGAAAAAUAUUCUGUAUGCUCCAGUAUACCAGAGUGGGAGAAGUUGUCGCCCCGUUGCUCCACUGAUUAUUUCUCUUAAUUACAGAAUUACAGUGCUGAAUCUCAACAAGUGGUCGUGUGGUCCUUGUGUGAAUGUGAGAGUGACCGGUCCAGACACGCUACACUUGGUGUCAAAGCUGGGAAGGUUGUGUACUCGCAGAUGUAGGUGGAUUCAUCCGACAGUUUUAGUUUGUUGAAGACUACGGUGGUGUCCUCCAGGGAAGGUGUGCGCUGGCGGAUGGCGGGAUUCUUGAAGCGCACACGCUCUUUAAAGGGGUUCAGCACCGACACGCCCAGGGUUGGAUUGGCAAUGGCCACGUUCUGCUUAGUGCCAUUGACCAGCUUCUGCCAGGUGACCUGGGAGAUUUUUACAGCUUUAUGCACCAGAAAGAGUCACCUGCCAAAGCAUCACAGACUGGGAUUAAAACAGGACGACCAUAAAGUCUCUGAAAGAACUUUGUAAUGAACACAUUUAACAAUAUGUUUGGGUGGAUUCUUCUUCUGGGAGUUCUGAUGAGCCCAGUGUUGUGUCAGGAUGAGGAGAGUGUAAUUACAGUAUGCCAAGAGGAAGAUAAAGACCUCAGAGUGGACUGCCUUCUGGAGCCCAAACCCAACUACCACACAGACUAUGAGUUCUCCAUGUCCAAAGGCCAAAAAGAGACCAUCAUAAACACAAACAUCUCUGGAAUCAUGCCUGAACCCAAGUUCAGGCACAACACAUUUGUGACAGAGCUCGAACCAUACGGAUUCAGGCUGACCAUUAUGAGCUUCUCCAUCACUGAGAAUACAACGUUCAUUUGUAAAGUAACCAAGAUCCAGAAGACUCUGUUUGUUGAAUUAGAUAGCAUCCAGCCCUGCUCUGCCAUCAGUGUGUUUCUGCUGGGUUAUCCUUGGCUCAGUCUCCUGAUUCCUCUGUGCAUCAUACAUCUAUCGGAAGCCUUUUAAGAACAGGAUUCUCUGCUGGUCAGCUACAGGAUGUGCAAAUGCAUUUCCAGACUCUAAAUAAAGUAUUUAUGUAGAUUUUGCAGCAAAUUUCAGUAUUUUUAAAAAUGCUUUUCAAUCUACAUGCUCUGCCUUUACUGUGAAGUACCGGUUGCUGCCUUUAUGAGGGUAUUUAUUUACUUUAUGCCUUUUUACGUGUCUAGCCAAAGCACAAGUGAAGAAGACAUGUCCUGUAUGCAAUAAGUAUUUUUAGGGUUCUUGAAUAUUAAGGGGUGCCAACAUUGUUGAGCAAUUUUUCUGCUCCUUAGAAAAGUAAAAAAAGUUAAUGUUACAAUGAUAGUGCCAUCAAUGCUUUCAAUAAAAUGCACAAUACACAGUUUGUGUUAAUUAGUGUGCAGAUAAAUACAGUACAGUCCAAAAGUUUGGAACCACUAAAAGAAGUUUCGUCUGCUCACCAAGGCUACAUUUAUUUAAUUAAAAA